UUAUUGAUAAUGUGAGAUAUGACAACCUAGAAACCUUUGACAUGAGUGAGGCUGUUGACUACAGUCAGUCAGCCUUCUCGCUUCCUGUUAGGCAAACUAAAUUUAGUAUCCCCGCUAUUACUAUUGAGGAGGUUUCUGAUUCCCUGAAACAAUUGAACCCCUCUAAAGCGACAGGAAUUGAUGGUCUUCUCCCCGCCCUCUUCCUAAAGUUCCCUGCGAACAUGAUCUCCAAUACUGUUACCACCAUAUGCAACUUAAGCAUCAGCACAGGUAUUUUUCCAGCCUUGUGGAAAAAAGCAAAAUUAAUCCCAAUACACAAAUCUGGCGAAAUGAGUGAAAGAGGCAACCUUAGGCCAAUUUCUAUCCUGGUUAUUCUCUCAAAAAUCCUUGAAAAACAUUCAUAUUUUUUAUAUUUAACUCUAUCCGAUUACCAACAUGGGUUAAGACCUGGUAGUAUUGAUGAUGGAGAAAUUAACGGUGUUUUGAUGCUUGACUUUUCCAAAGCCUUCGAUUUAGUGGAUCAUAAUAUUUUGCUCCAAAAAAUCCACGUGUACGGGGCUACUGACCUAACCCUAAAAUGGUUCGCCUGGUAUCUUGAAAGACGAACUCGACAGGUACAAAUUAACGAAGUCUUUUCAGAACUUUAA